AGCAUCGAGGCUCUGGAUGCCCCGGCGCAAUCAACAGCACCGCGUCGGCCCUCGGGCUUCCGCGCAACGGUGUGUCAGUUUGCUCAAAUGCUUAGGCGCGCCGGAUUUCAGUCGAGGGUCUGUCGGAUGUGUCUUUCUCUUUCCUCGAGGGUCUCAAUUCUGCGCACUCAAACGUGACAGCGAGCCCUGCGACGCCUUAUCUAGCCUUUUAAGAUCAUCGUAUCUGCCAAUUGACCUGUCUGAAGCUCUCUGCUUCUUUCUACCCCCUCGAUAAUAACAUGUCGCUCUACAACACGUUGACGGCGCCCGCUUCGGCGAUCCUUAGCACACUCACAUCACAGACAUGGCAACCGCUCGUUUCCAUGUGCAAAAACGGCACAUUAGCGCAGCUACAAAAUAUUAAAAUCGGAAGGCUUAUUGUGUUCGAGGGCAGCGAGAGCAAGGCCAAGAAUGUGUUUGGCGCGGACAAGGAGGGAGUGCCUGUUGCUUAUCUCCACGUACAUGAUGAGAAGUUCUGGGUGCGAUUGGCACUUUUUGCGGACAUGGGCUUCGCGGAAAGCUACAUGCUUGGAGAGGUCAGCUCGCCGGAUCUGACCAAAUUCUUUGAGCUAUUCAUUCUGAACCGCAAUCACCUCGGUAAUGGAUCAAGCAUCACAGCGGCGAUUUCAACAGGGCUGGCAGGAUUGUUUCGCGGUAGCAACAACCUGAAGAACGCGAAGCUGAACAUCAUGGCGCAUUACGAUAUCUCCAAUGAGAUGUUUGCCGCAUUCCUCUCCCCGGACAUGACAUACUCGAGCCCGAUCUGGCUCCCGAAGUCGAACCCCGAGUCUGCAGGCGAAAGCCUGUACGACGCGCAAAUGCGCAAGCUCGAUCGCUUCAUCGACAACACACACAUCAAGGGAACUGACCACGUCCUGGAGAUUGGCACAGGGUGGGGAAGCUUCGCCAUGCGAGCAGUGCAGCGCACAGGGUGCAGAGUGACAUCUUUGACCCUGUCAAUUGAGCAGAAAGAGCUAGCAGAGGAGCGGAUACGCGAAGCGGGCAUGUCAGACAACAUCACAGUACUCCUCUGCGACUACCGGAGUCUCGAGGUUCCCGAAACAGGAGCGUUCGACAAGAUCGUGUCGAUUGAGAUGCUGGAAGCCGUGGGCCAGGCGUACCUGAAGACGUACUUCCAGUGCGUGGACAAGCUGCUGAAGAAGGAGGGCGGCGUGGCGUGCUUCCAGUGCAUCACGAUGCCCGACGGACGGUACGAAGCGUAUGCAAAGUCCGACGACUUCAUCCGCCGCUACAUCUUCCCCGGCGGCCACCUCCCCGCCGUCUCAGAGCUUGUCUCGUCGAUACAGAGCGCGUCUGGAGGCUCACUCGUCGUCGACAGCAUCGAGAACAUCGGCCCGCACUACUCGAAAGCCCUGCGCUUGUGGAGAGAGGAGUUCCUGAACAACUGGGACAGCAGGAUAAAACCGCAGCUGAUCAAGGAGAAGCAGGGCGCACUGGACGAGGAGGGCGCGGAUAUUUUCAAGCGGAAGUGGGACUACUACUUCCGCUACUCGGAAGCCGGGUUCUCCACCAAGACCCUGGGCGACGUGAUCAUCACCGUGGGCCGCGAAGGCGCCGUCCAAAUGAUGGAGGACGUGCCUCUCUAGACCCCUGCUUUGUACCGCCUCGCACUUGCGAGCGCUCUGCUUUACGCAAGAUACCACAUAGGUGCCAUCCUAUACCAUCGCGUCUACAUCAGCUUCUUCGCUUCCUCGACUAACACCUUCAUCCCCUCAUCUCCCGCCCCCGCCCGUGCCUCAAACGCGCUCAUGUGCUCG